GGGCGCGGGGGGCGGGCCGGGGGCGGGGCGCGGGGCGCCGGCGGCUCCGGCGGCUCCGGCGGCUCCGGCUGGCGGCUCCGGGUCCUGCACCUGUGACUCUCGGCCGCGCUCCUCCCCUCGGCCCGCUCGGCGCUGCAGCCCCAUGGCCCCGUCCCGGCUGCAGCUCGGCCUCCGCGCCGCCUACUCCGGCAUCAGCUCCGUGGCCGGCUUCUCCAUCUUCAUCGUCUGGACGGUGGUCUACAGACAGCCGGGGACCGCGGCCAUGGGAGGGCUCGCAGGGGUGCUGGCGCUGUGGGUCCUGGUGACGCACGUGAUGUACAUGCAGGAUUACUGGAGGACCUGGCUCAAGGGGCUGCGCGGCUUCUUCUUCGUGGGCGUCCUCUUCUCAGCCGUCUCCAUUGCUGCCUUCUGCACCUUCCUUGUGCUGGCCAUCACCCGGCACCAGAGCCUCACAGACCCCACCAGCUACUACCUCUCCAGCGUCUGGAGCUUCAUUUCCUUCAAGUGGGCCUUCCUGCUCAGCCUCUACGCCCACCGCUACCGGGCUGACUUUGCUGACAUCAGCAUCCUCAGUGAUUUCUGACCCAGGGGGUGAGGUCUCUGCACCCUGAGGGGCUUAGGACCUGGACUCAGCCUCUGAGACGUUGGGAGGGGCUACUCCUACCCUCUGGGGGUCCCAGAACUGUGGCAGAGAAUACACAGCAGGACCAGCGUGGUCUCCUAGGAAGCUGUCCCACCCAUCCCCUUUGGGGGAGACCUGGGUGUGGUAGAGAGGGGAUCCUGCCAUGUUGCUCCUCAUCGGCCUGGACAGAGGGCAGCUUUAGACCUUUUCAAAUGGAUCUGUUUUCUUUUUUCUUUUUUUUUUUUUUUUUGAGAUGGAGUCUCACUCUGUCAUCAGGCUGGAGUGCAGCAGCGCAAUCUCAGCAUCUCGGCUCACUGCAACCUCCACCUUCUGGGUUCAAGCAGUUCUCUCAGCCUCCUGAGUAGCUGGGAUUACAGGCACCCACCACUAUGCCCGGCUACUUUUUGUAUUUUUAGUAGAGAUGGGGUUUUGCCAUGUUGGCCAGGCUGGUCUUAAACUCCUGACUUCAGGUGAUCCACCUGCCUCAGCCCCCCUAAAGUGCUGGGAGUAUAGGCGUGAGCCACCGUGCCCAGCCUGGAUCUAUUUUCUUAGCAUGCAGUGAAGAAUCUUUGUAUGUAAGGCCAGGACAACAAAGUCAAGAGGUCAAGGGGUAGAGCCAUGAGGCCUGGACCUAUGCUGCAGGCAGGGGCUUUUGUCCCUGCUGCCCUAGGCACUCUCUCCCCAAGGCCAGGGUGGGGACCUGGGGAGGUCAGGUCAGGAAUCUCUAGCAGAGACCGCUGAAGCCCCCAUCCCAUCACUGCUGCGAGCUGGUCUCCCAUGAGUGUGCUAGAGCCAGAUAGCCAUGGCCCCCCACCCAUCUCUCACUCACAUACACAGGCAUCCACACACCCCAGAGAAUGACUUCUCAAAUGAGGCCAGACUCAGGGUCACAGGGAAUGUGCUCCUACCCCUGGAAGUGCUUUGGGGAAGGGGGCAACAUGGUAGAGGCUGGAAGGAGCCCCCAAACCUGUGCCCAUGCCCCUCCAGCCCUGCGUUUCCACUCUGCCUUCUCAGAGUACCCUCACUGCACGCAGACCACUGGCCAGGAGAGACCUCUCCCACUCCAGCCCCUCCACUGCCCUUCAACUAGAGCUUUCACCUUUUUACAUCUCUCUUCUGAAGGACACAAAUCUGCUUUUCUGCCCAUACACUGGCCCAAGGGCUGACCUCACUCAGGAGGGAAGGGGCAGUUGUCACAAGGAUGAUUUGAUAUUAGGCUGCCAUUUUACAUGGUCUCCCCCUUCCCACCUGAUGUGUCCUGCCCCUCAGCUCUUUGCCUUAUCUGUGUCACUGUCACUUUAGCAAAAAUACAGCGGCCAUUUGUAUCAGA